GCUGUUUAAAGGGCCAAGUCUACGGCGCGACAGGGGAUGAAUUUCGCUUCCCAGAAAUGGCAGCUUUGGAGGUCGGCUCAGAAGUUUGGAUUCCCUGCGACCAGGAGGUCUGGCGCGCAGGGGUGGUCUUGUCUUUCGAGGUGGACGAGGCUGUGGCCGCCCCUCCCAAGGCAUCUCCAGUGAAGUCGACCAAAUCAGCAGCUGUUGACUGGGUGGUUGUGGAGGUACAGGUGGCCAAAGGUGGUGGGAAGGGCUUGGUGCGGAACCGUGGCCCCAUCCUAACACGGGAAGAGGUGCGGGUGCCCCGGCCUGUACCAGGUCGCAAGGUACAGCUACACCUUCGCAAUGAAGUUCUGAAACGGCCGGAUGGAGCCUUACAGUUGCAUGAUUUGGGACAGUUGCCGCUCCUGCAUGAACCAGCUGUGCUCCAUGCAUUGGAGCUUCGAUUUCGCGGUGAUUGCGUCUACACCCUCACUGGCCCUAUGCUGCUUGCUGUCAACCCAUUCAAACCUUUGCCAAAAUUGUAUGGAUCUGAGCGGCUCAACGCAUACAUCAAAGAGGCUUCGAAUGAAAAGAAAGACAACUCCAGGGCGUCACCAGGUGACGAAGAAAGCAAAGAUGGAAAGCGAGAAGAACCCCACAUCUACCAGGUCGCCAAAGCUGCGUACGAGGGAGUUUGGCAUCGUUCCUUGGGGCAAACUGUCUUGGUCUCUGGUGAAAGCGGUGCAGGGAAGACAGAAACCACGAAGUUUGUGAUGCGCUUCCUGGCCUUGGCUGGUGCCGGCGGUACCGAGUCGUCCAUGUCCAAGGUGGAACGACAGGUCUUGGAUUCCAUCCCUGUGUUGGAAGCGCUGGGCAACGCCAAGACCCUGCGGAACGAAAACUCCUCGCGCUUUGGGAAGUACAUUGAGCUGCAGUUCUGCCCACCUGAAACAGGUUCGCCUAGACUGGUGGGGGCUCAUACACACACCUAUCUGUUGGAGAAGGUUCGAGUUGUGCAACAACAAGAGGGAGAAAGGAGUUUCCAUAUUUUCUACCAGAUGAUGGCAGUCCUGUCUGCUGGCAGCUGCGAAAUCCUGAAAAGCAUUGUCCAGUCGGAUCUGCAGAGCGAUUUGCAGGUGGAAAUGUUCAACUACCUUCGGGCUUCGAAGUGCUUUCACUUGGACGCUGACAUCAGCGAGGACGAUGCUUUCCACGAAACCAUCGAUGCCAUGCGUGCCUUCGGUCUCACCGACGAUCUUUCUGGGAUUCUGUCCACGCUUCUGGCAGUGCUUCACCUAGGCAACGUGGCCUUCCGCGCCCCCGUGGGCAACUCCGAAGCCUCCGAGGUGCUGCCCUCCGGGGACUCGGCGCUGCAUGCGGCGGCCAAAUUGCUGGGGCUCGAAGCAAAAGACCUGGCGGACGCCUGUUGCAAACGGACGAUGCAAGCGCCAGGCGAAGGGGUGAUUACUAUGCAAAACUCCGUGGAAAAAGCCAUGGACAGCAGGGACUCCUUAGCGCGACAUCUCUACGAUGCGCUGUUUUCCUUUGUGGUGUCCCAGAUCAAUGCCACCGUGAGUGAAAGCAAAGGAGCUGCUUGGAAUCAAUCACUGGCCGGGAGCAAGAAAGUCAAGCUCUUGCCUUUUGUUGGAGUUCUCGACAUUUUUGGUUUCGAGUUCUUUGAUCAAAACUCCUUGGAGCAGCUCUUCAUCAAUUUCACCAACGAGCUGCUGCAGCAGUACUUCAACGAGGUCAUCUUCGAACAUGAAGCUGAUCUCUAUAGGAGAGAGGGAAUUCAAUGGGAUCCAUUGGAUUUCCCAGACAAUCACGCCAUUGUUGACCUGGUGGGUGGCAAAACGCCCUUGGGAAUUCUCCCCAUGUUGGACGAGGAGUGCAUCACCACUGGUGGAAGCUCCGAGGGCUGGUGUUCCAAGAUGCAGCGCGCGCACGGGAGCAACCGCCACUUCGACGUGGUGAAACUCAGACAGAACAACUUUGUGGUACACCAUUUCGCAGGGCCGGUGGAGUACACGUCCAAGACCUUUGUGGAGAAGAAUCGCGAUGCCUUGGGAGCAGACUUGGUGAAGUGCAUGAAGAACAGUUCAAAGGUCUUCCUUCAGCAACUGCUCAAGGUUAGCGACCGCAGCUUCGGCACCCAGACAUCCAGGGACGCCGCGGGCGCACAGCGGAGGACCAAGGCGAAGCUCUACACGGUGUCCUCGGACUUCCGAGGUGAAUUGCAGAAGCUCAUGGAGCGUAUCCGCUCGACAGAACCCCACUUCGUUCGAUGCAUCAAGCCGAAUCAAAAGAACGUGGCUGGAAGUUUCGAACGAAAAUCCGUGGUGCAGCAGCUGCAGUAUCAAGGUGUGUUGCAGGCCAUUGAAGUGAGCCGGGUUGGAUUUCCAGUUCGUCUCAAGCAUCGACAGGCUGUUAAAGAGUUCAUUUGCCUGAGUCCUGAGCGAGUGCAAGUGGAGUCACAAGCAGCCAGGGGACAAUUGGCGUCAGCUGCUCGCUUACUUUUCGAGCGUUUGUCUGAGCCUCUUUCUCCGAGUCCAAGCACUCCAAGAACACCUCGAACACCACGGACACCCCGCAGAUCAAUUUGUGUGAUCCCAAAACAAACAUGGGCGGUCGGAAAAAGCCUGGUUUUUCUGAAGCGUGAAGCAGUCGAAGCUCUAAGCCAUGCUUUGUCCGGUGUUCGACGAGCAGCAGCAGUGCAGAUUCAAGCCUUUGUGAGAUCCCACCAAGCAUGGAAGCGCUUCCAUUCAGUUCUCCAAGCAGUUCGCAGGGUUCAGACGAAUGGGCGGGGCUUUGUUGCCAGAAAGAGAGUUGCAGCGAUGCGAAAGCUCCGGGCAGUACUUCGUUUACAGAGCUGGCAGCGUGGUCGUCAUUGUCGUGAAGAAGCCAAGCUGCGCAAGUGGGCAUUGGGCUUCAUCCAAGCGUGGAGCCGAGCCCGGCUUUUAAGAAAGAUGUUGCUCCAAAAGAGGGCGGCUGUGCCGCGCUUGCAGGCCUUCUGGCGCUCGAAGCUUUCGGCACUUCGUUGGAAGCGACGUUCAGAGAGUGCCAUGGCCAUUCAAAGAGUUUGGCGCGGACAUCAGGGAGUUCAAGAGGCCAAAAGGCAAAAAGUCGAAGAAUUUAAAAGGCACAGAUCUGCUCGAUUGAUACUGAAGCAAUGGCGGAACUAUGUUUCUUACCGAGUGCUUGAGAAAGAUUUGGACGAGUUCUUGGGUCAGGCAGCCAAUGAAACCAUUAAUCUGAAGAUCCAAAGUAGACUUCAGGGAGCAUCUGAUGGGGAGCUGCAAGCCACGAUCGAGUCCUUGAGGGCCAAGAGCCGACAGCGACAACAUCAACUGUUGAAGCUACAAGCAGAAGAGCAGCUCCUGAAACGCGAGGUGGUGGAUCUCAGCGGCUGGACCUUCCUGGGCAUCCUCAAGAAGCUGGCCGUGCAGAUUGUGGAGCGGAUUUGUCCACGUACUCCACUGGGAAAUUCCAUGGAGUUGGGGCAACGUCCUCGUGGCCCUCAACGUCCGCAGUCAGCACCGCGUCCACAUUGGGAACGUGACAUCCCACGAGAACCUUCCACCACGGAGGUUCCAGACUUUGCCGCGCGCCACGAGCGGAUCAAGCGCCAGUUGGAACGGCGCAAGUACAUGAACCGUGGCGUGACGCAGCCUGAGCCCUUCGUCUUCAACACGCCGACACGCAGUCAGAGCCGACACCCGAGCAUGCCCAAGGACCCCAGAAGAGAUUGGCGCUAUCAUCGGCCCAUGGCUCCAGGUCCAACUGCACCGGUGGCACCGGUGCGUAGCACGGAAAAGGUGACGAGCUACCAGCAGGCAACCAGGAAGAAACUGCAAGAACGUCGAGUGAAGGAGAUGAAGGAAAGGGAAGAGUUGAAAGAGGCCCAAGCUCCCAAUCAGGAAGUGAAGUUUCGCGUGAUGCAGGCCAUGGGGAGAGUAGAGCCUCUGGAGCAAAAGAUCGAACGCAUUGUCUCGGACAAGCGCCGCGGUCUACAACGCACCCAACGAGAGAAGGAAGAGGACCUGCGAAGCAUCAUGGAGCGAGCAAACAGCCGGCCUCUUUUGAUGCAACAGGCGGACAGCUUGGUCCGUGCCAAGCGCCGAGCCCUCUUCCGGGUCCGAAAUGCGCUGCGCCAGGCAGGCGUGCGGGAUGUGAACCGACAUUUCGCGGACGAUGAACUAGAAGAGAUGGACCGGGCGGAAGAUCAGAAGGAAUCCUAUGGAUACACAGUAGGAACUGAGCCGCUGACAGGGGCAGUCACGCAAGGCAGUUUGUUCCGUCCAUAAACAGCGCUCCCCGCGUGUUUUUUGCAUAAGGGCUUUGACAUGCUUUGACAACU